AUAACCAUCAUCAUCAGCCAUAACAGGAGGACCACGAGGAGCUCACCUGGACGUGUGAGAGCUGCCUAACUCAAGAACUUUACCCUAUACCAACCUCUGGAGUUGUUUUACCAUGUGCUACGCUGAUGAUAGAAGAAUUUAGAGGGAAGGAGUGCAGUAAAUACCUGUAUGUUGCCUAGAAUAUCACAAAAAUGUCGAUCAAGAGUAUCAAUGUUUUGUCCCGAAACCCUGACCACUAUAUGAGAGAGACCAAAUAUGACAUCCACAAAGUUCAAAGAAAUUAUGAUCCAACCUUACAUCCCUUUGAGGCAAGCAGAGAAUACAAAUUAGCCUUGAAUUCAGUCAAGCUUGAGAAGGUGUUUGCCAAGCCAUUUGUGGGCAGCCUGACACACACUGAGGGAGUGUCCGCCCUCUGCCGCCACCCAAGCCGCCUCUCCUGUGUGUUUACCGGUACAGUUGAGGGUGAGCUAAGGUUGUGGGAUAUUUCCCAUAAGAAGUGCGAGUGGACUGUACAAGCUCACAGUGGACAGAUCUGGUCCAUUGUAGCUGCUCCAGAUGGAAAUUCAUUCUUCACUGUUGGCAAUGAUAAGACUAUCAAGAAGUGGUCCCUUGACAAGGCCAAGGAAGGGGACCAUGACCUGCCUAUCGACACGUGGCUCAGUGAUACCAUCGUGACAGGCAUAAGCCACCACAGGCACAGGAAUGAGUUCAUCACCUGCGGGGAGAGGGUUCUGUUGUGGGACGCCUCCAAUAAGGCACCCAAGUUUUCCUAUGACUGGAGCACAAGUGGGGACAGGAAUGAUGCCAGUGUGGCGAGCAUUAAGUUCAACCCUGUGGAGACAGACCUCUUUGCGUCCUGUGACUACGCCAACAAUAUUGUUCUGUAUGACACACGAGCAAAGGAGGUGAAAAAACUGAAGAUGACCCUUCGCAUCAAUGCCUUGGCUUGGAAUCCCAUGGAAGCCUUCAUCCUGACAGCUGCCAGUGAGGACUACAAUGCAUAUUCAUAUGACAUCAGGAAGCUGAACACACCCGACCAGGUGGUCAACAUCCACAAGGGUCACACUGCCGCCGUGCUGGACGUGGACUACUCCCCGACUGGCCGGGAGUUCUGCACCGCCAGCUAUGACAAGUCCAUCAGGAUAUUCAGGACAGAGGAGGCACACAGCCGGGAUGUGUACCACACCAAGAGGAUGUUCAAGGUCAGCUGUGUCCUUUGGUCCGGAGACAACAAGUUCAUUCUCUCAGGCUCCUCAGACCACAAUGUCAGGUUAUGGAAGUCAAAGUCAAAUGAAAAGAUGGGCAUUAUGCGUGCCCGGGAGCGCAGUGCCAUCAAUUAUGCUGAAGAGCUGAAGAGAAAGUACGGUCACUUCCCAGCGGUGCGCAGGAUUGCCCGUCACCGUCACCUGCCUAAGCACAUCUACAAUGCCAAGAAUGAACAGCAGAUAAUGCGGGAGAGCCGUGCUAGAAAAGAUGCCAACAGACUGAAAUACUCCACGCCUGGAAAAAAGGUGCACAUCCCAGCCCGGCAGAAGGUUGUGGUGGGCCUGCAGGACGAUGGUGUGGUGGGCUUCCAGGACAUGGACAACAUGCCAGGGACCUCAACCAACUAGAGCAGCCAUUUGAUGAAGCUGUAUUAAUAAAUAAAGAACUUCUACUGAUGAAAAUUUCAGUGAAGAGAAUUUAGUGAUGAAAAUUUCAGUGAAGAGAAUUUAGAGAACAAUGGAGUCUACUGUUAACAAUUAUUUGUGUAUCACAGGAUACUUAUCAAGCUCAUUUUCAUAAUUUCAUUGUUAAAUGUUACAUUUAAGAAAAUAUAUACUCUAUUUUUAAAA